GGAGCUGACCGAGCGAAUUCAGUCGUGUUCUGUGGCCCCGACUCGAGUUUCGCUUCUACGUCUUUGUCCGCUCUGCCUCCUGCCAUUUCAAUCUUCUUUCUGAUACCUUUUCACACUGUGCCUCAGUAAUGGGGAGGAAGGCGGCAAAGGCCACCAGAAAGCUCGCAAAAUCGGGCGCACUCAAGCGAACUAUAGAUGCCCGACGAAAGCACCAGAAAGUCAGGAAAGGCAUUGAGCGACGAAAAGGGGGGAAAAGAAACGCGCAGAGUGCUCCCUCGGAUGAUCCUAACUCUGAUUUCACUGACCAAGAAGAUGUAAAACCCAAAACUCGGAGCAGGCGCGCGGCCGUUGAUUUUAUCGGUGAGGAUGGGGAAAGUGGGGAGGAAUUAGACCAAUCUGUGCACCCUUCGGGGGAUAAGUUCGGGAAAAUGUCCAUCGAUGAUUUGCUUGGUGGUGACUUCAUGAACGACGACGAGGAUGACGAGGAAAGUUCUGAUGAGGAGGAAGGAGAUGAUGACUCCAUCGAUGACCUAGAAGACGAAGAAACUGUGCACAAGCUAGAUUUGGCAGUUCUUAAGGAGAAGGACCCAGAAUUUUACAAGUAUCUCCAGGAGAAUGACCCAGAACUGCUCAACUUUUCUGCAAAACCACCUCCUCCCAAGGACGAUGACGAUGGGGGGUUCGACCUAGUCGGCGAUCAGAACGAUGAGGAAGCCUCUGCAGGGCUCCCUGUUUUAACCCUUGACGUACUUGGAGGCUGGCAGACAGCAAUACUUGAGACCCGGUCAUUGGGAGCCUUGCGGAAACUUCACGACGCUUUCUGUUCCGCUGUGUCGAUGAAUGACGAGUCUAAUCGCGCAACUCAAUCCCCUUCUUGGAACAUAGAAGACUCUGACGUGUUCAACAAACUGAUUGUGACAACAUUGAAGUUCACGCCCGUCGUAUUUGAGCACCAUGCCCCAACCAAGGUGACGAGAGGUGGAAAAAUAAAACCACCCAAACGAUCCCCAACACUUAGAAAGCUUUCUCGCCCAUACCUCCAGAGCAUCGUCCAUCUUGUCCAACAACUGUCAGAUGCGGAAAUGCAACAGCUUGCCAUCCAAGAGAGCUCAAAACUACUACCGCACUCCUUUACCAGUCGGAAAGUUGUUCGAGCUUAUUUAAAGAUGUGUCUGGAGCUAUGGGCGACCGCUGCGAUGAAUGUCCGACUCGCAUCGUUGUUCGCUUUGCGAAAACUUGCCUCGGCUGGGAACGAGUCUAUUCUCAACGAUGUCCUCAGAGGAACCUAUACAGCAUUCAUCCAUGCAAGCAAAACUCGGCUCACUGCCCACAACUUGCCUUCGGUCAACCUCAUGAAGAACUCGGCCAGUGAACUUUAUUUUGAGCACCCUUCGGAGGCAUAUCAGCUUGCCUUUGGCUACAUUAGGCAACUUGCGAUUCUUCUGAGGAACAACAUGAAGCUCAAAUCCAAGGAGUACCGAGGUGUAUACAACUGGCAAUUCGUGCAUUGCGUGGACUUCUGGGCCACAGUGUUCGCGAAAUCAUGCAAUCCUGAAGCGGAAGGUGCACGACGGGAGAGCGCAUUGCGGCCACUGAUAUACCCCCUGGUGCAGGUAGCACUUGGUGCAGUAGAAUUGGUCUCUGGUCUUCGCCAUUAUCCGUUUCACCUUCAAAUUCUUCAUUCUAUGCUCCAUCUUACCCGGUAUACGCGUACUCACAUACCCAUCUUCUCAUUCAUCGUUCCUAUCAUAACUUCCUCACUUAGUGACAAGGUUUCGAAGGCGAAAUCAAAUCUUCGGCCCCUCAGUCUACCUCUUCACAUACGCUGUCCAGAACAAUAUUCACGGACACUCGUAUAUACCGAAAGUUUAUGUGAUGAGGCGGUCUUCGUCCUGGGCGGCUUCUGUGAAUCCCUCCAGAACAGUGUGGCCUUUCCAGAAAUUACGGUACCCCUGAUUCUCACCUUAAGAAAGGCCUUAAAAGGAGCGCGCAACAGGGGGAAAUGCGUUGCUAUGGUUAAAGCGCUCAUCGAGAGGAUUGAGGAUGGCGGGAGGUGGGUGAAUGCGAAAAGGUCAAGUGUCACCUUCGCUCCGAGCAACACCGAUGACGUCGACAAAUGGGAGCGGAGCAUUGAGAUUGAAAAAACUCCAGUUGGGAAAUGGAUGAGGAUUCAGCGCAAAGCUCGAGACAAGCAAGCUGCGUUGGCCCAGAAGGCCCGAGAAGGCAAAGACCAUAUCCUUGACGAUGACGAUGACGAAGAGGCAGAGUAGUUAUUCAGGAUGUGAACCACAACAGCGAUGAACUGGAACUCUCCUUUUGGUUUUGGUCGCAAAAUCAUUGU